AGAAGAACGACUAGGGAGGGGGGAAACACUUCCGCAUAGUCACAGUUUAUCAGCUAGGCUGUUUGAAGCAGGACCUGUCACAUAAUGGCUAAAUUAAAAGACAAAAGACGAGAGAAAAUCAGCGUCGCCACUGAGAUUGACCGUUUGGAGGAGCGGCGGGCGCGUUGCCAAGACAACCUGGAGAGGGCUGAGUUCAGGAGCAGGAAGGAGAAGCUGUCUGACAAGGACAGACAGGAGCUGGAAGAUGAAAUGACAAUCAUAAAUGAGAGGGUGCAAAAGUUAGACAAGGAGCUGGAGACGUUAAGAGGAGAGAAUCGCAAAAACAUGCUGCUGUCAGUCGCUCUGCUGGUCAUCAGCGCUCUCUUCUACUACGUCUUCAUUUACAGUGACGAGGACGUCUAAUAGGACCUGGUAUGUUAAAAGGACCUAAUGCUCUGAGAAGAACAACCACCUCAGGACAAUGUUGUCGUGACAUAAAGACAUAAGCUCAAGGGCUGCGUUGAUGAAAUACUUCAGUUCUGCCUCUAGAUGGCACCAUUGUCAUUGUCUUGAUCUCUUCUGGUGCACAGUCAGGACCCCAGUACAGCUUCUUGGACUGAAGUGACUCAUGAAGGUGAAGUGAGUGACAAUUUUUCUCAUCUUGUGUACAGUCAUAGUCUAUAUUUUCAUCGCUGUACAAAAAUCUUACUGUUUAUUAUGACAUGCAACAUGAAGAGGGAUUUAUAUACAGCAGUUUGACCCUUACUAAAUAAACUAUGAAUAUAAAGUUUGCCUUAUGCCACAAAUAACGCCAAAGUAAUAUUACUGUGUUUUAUAUGAUAUAUCAAAGAAAUGCUUCAUCAAAUGGUGCCAGCCAAGUCUGUUUGUCCUUUCAGUCACAUAUAAAUAUCUGACGAUGCAUGGUGCACGUGAUGUGUGCAGUUACACAGAUGAAAAUAUUUGAUACAUUUGUUUUUGGAGUUGUACAGCAUGUUUUAAACAGAAGAAAAGAACCUGAAGAAUGUAUUUUUGUUUUGAUACUCAUGCCGACCAUUCACCCAUCUCCUAAUAAAAGCUGCAAUAUGGCAAACAUGCUGACAAAUUACUCUUUUUGAAAUAUGCAUGUGGAAAAUUGUGUAAUGAGAAGUGGGUUGGGUCAUUAUAACUGAUUUGUUUUUCAUGAAAAAAAUAAAAUUUACUAUAUUUGGAA